ACAUCGACUGUCAAGGUCUGCAGACAGAGCCCCUUUCGAUUUCAGACCUAAAGCUGCAUCAAUUUUCAGCAAACAGGUAUGACCGGAAAUUGGGUUUUAAGCCUGACAAAAUAAAUCGUUAAGGGGAGGAGCGCUGUGUGGAGCAUUUCCACUCGUUAAUGCUUCAAGCAUUCAAGAGACAGACCAGAACAACUUGCUUUCACUCAGAAAUGUGUUAUGAAGUUCACUCAGAGAGUACUGUUCUCGCCAGGUUCCCACUUGGUUCCCCAGUUCCUUUUACUCACGUCCUGCAUUUCUUAUUGAUGACAAACUUUGCCUCAAGGGCAGCGGUCGAUCAUUUGGUUCCUGAGGUCUGCUGCUGUCAAACUUCAGCUGACAUGGAUCUGUUGCACCGACGGACGCACUGAACUGUUUUGCUUAGCUGGCUGCGACAGGACGGACUUAUUGCAGUUAUUUCGUCUUCAAGUUUUUCUUUAAAAAAAACAACAAAAAACUUUAGCAGACACAGACAUGCAGAAGUUAAACUCUAGCGGGACGCACUGCAACACGCUGCCCCGGGACGCGGAGGUCCCGCUGCGGUUGGCUGACAGCGGAGGCUCCGGGGAAGGGAGGGAGAACGGCGCUGGGAAACAUUUCCCAACACAGCCUGAAGACCAGGGCUUGUUUUGUACCAAGAGGAAGAUGCUUGUCGCCUUGGAUGUUAUAUGUAUUUUAGUUGCUUCCAUCCCAUUUUUUGCUUGUGAAUUGAAGGCAGUAACCCCAUAUGAACGAGGCUUUUUCUGCGGAGAUGACACCAUCACCUAUCCCUACUUGGAGAGGGAGGCCAUCCCUGACAACCUGCUCAUUGCAGGUGGCAUUGCUAUUACUGGCUUAACAAUUGCUCUGGGCGAGUGUUAUCGGGUGCGUUUCCGAGGUGUACUCUCACAAGCUUUUGUUAGAAACCGCUAUGUGUCAUGUCUAUACAAGGAACUGGGAAGCUUCCUGUUUGGUUGUAGUGUGGGGCAGUCUCUCACCAACAUGGCCAAGCUCAGUGUGGGGCGCCUGCGACCGAACUUCCUCUCUGUGUGCAACAUCACAUAUGCAUCUAUUAAAUGCACUCCUGGCAGCUACGUCUCUCAGGUCAUCUGCAAUCAGCCAAUCCCCAAGUUGGUGGAAGAGGCAAGGAAAUCAUUUUUCUCUGGUCAUGCUUCCUUUGCGAUGUACACCAUGCUUUAUCUGGCAUUCUACCUGCAGGCCAGGUUGUCAUGGCGAGGAGCUCGGUUAUUGCGUCCCCUUGUGCAGUUCCUCUUAGUGAUGUUGGCCUUCUACACAGGCCUGAGCCGCAUCUCUGACUACCGCCACCACCCCACUGAUGUCCUCACUGGCUUCAUUCAAGGGGGUCUCACUGCAUACUGGGUGGCUUUUCACAUCUCGUCGAUGUUUAAGCCCUGUGCCCGUCCAGACCUGUCUCCAACAAAAAUGUCCCUGGAUAGUCCACUGUCCAGCCAGCAAACUGUUUGCUAGCAGGUGGCAUCAGGAGAACAAUAAGAGAGGAUGGACUGCAGUACAGCAAGAAAAACAUACAGGGAAGGGAUAAACUUUAGGAUAUAAAGUAAGGGAAUCAUUUCAAGACAAGGAGGUGAUAGAAGAGUACAAUCUAACCCAAGCUUAUACAUCCUGGCAUACUGAUUAAUAUGCUGAUGUACAUUUAUGUAACAUAUUUACACACAUGUGAAAUGCAAGAAGCACAUAGGGCAGUACAUAAAACCUGCCCAGUGAACAAAAUGAAUAUUUCAAAUAUUUUUUAUAUAAAUAUAAAAUAUAUAUAUUUUCAAGAUAAUUUUAAUAAGCUGCUAUUUUUUUUCCAUUUGGUCUUAUUUUCCCAAAGAGGAGGGUAUUAGCAUUUACCUUAGCUUUCAGAGUACAUUCAAUCAUUCUCUGAUUCUGAGUGAAAAAUGAGAAAACAGCAGCCUCCUCUUUUUAGUUUUUUAGUUGCUUCUCUGUUCAACUGGGAAUGUAUCAACCAGCAGCUGUGAACUUAGACCACCUCACCACCUCUGAUGUGAAGACAGCUUUGUAAAAUCUGCAGGACUGGCAAGAGAUGACCAACGAGCACUUACUUAAACUUCUGACCAUCUUUACCUUCGCUGCCACAUCGUGACACUUUCCUCACCAGACUGCCUGGCUUCCCCUUGACUAAACCAUUUCCUGUGUGUUCGCAAAGAAAACCCAAUAUUUGUGCUGUAAUACAAUGCAAUUGUUCUCUUUUGAGUAACCGAGGUGGUGAGUGGAAGGACUCUUACCUGGAUUCUCCCCUUCCACAACACCACUUUUCUGUACUAACCACUUUUCUCAGAAGGUGGAGGCUUGACUGAAUUUUUUGUAACCUCUGACUUUUGCCUCUGGACUCCAAUCUCUUAGCUGCACCUUGAUUUAUGCCACUCAGAAAGGAGAUGUUUGACUGAGAUACAGUUGUUCUCCUGUAAAUCAAACUUAAUAGCACUUGACCUAAUAACAGGUAACCUUCUAAUAAUAAUCUGUGUUAUAUAUUUUAUUACAAGUUUGAAUAAUCAGUGUUUAUUUUUAUUAACUUCAAACUCAUACACUAUGAUUUUGUCUAAAUAUGUUAAUUGUGCAAACUGUAUGUAAAUAGCUGUCACCACACAGAAUUUUAAAAGUAUUAGUUUCAAGUCUUGGACAGAUUUGACAUGUUUGUGUAAGUGUAUGUACAGGUGCACAGUGUCGCUCUCUUACUUGUUGUAACAAUUAGACUGAGCCACAGAUAUUAUCAAAAAGCUAUGUGUGUUGUCUUCCCAGUUAUUGUUUGUUUAUGUCUUUAUCUGUGAAUGCCACAUAGGCAGAAAUAACCACUGUACUAAAAAAAACAAAAACAAGCAAACAACAACCAAACCAUUAAAGUGAAUGUUGAAUGUU